AUGGCGACUACGACUCUAACAACGGGAUUGGCGAGAUUGACAGUCUAUGUGAUCUUUAACUUCGACUCAAAUCCCUUGAGGCCAUUUCUUUACAAUGAUAGUACUUUUGCUGUUCGUGAACCUAAUGAAGAUUUAACAAGGCUCCGAUUAUUAUGGUGGAAAGAAGGAAAUUUUAUCCAGAAGCCAAAAUGGGAGGAAGUUACGCUUCCGUACGUACUCGCCGAAGGUGUGAGUUUGGACGAGUUCGAAAGUCGCACCGACGAAUUUAACGCGCAUGGUUUAUGGGAAUGGGCAAAUUUUGAAGUCUCAGUUUAUGAACUUUCACUAAAGCCACACGAAAUUUGUAUUGGCGCGAUUAAUAAGGAAUUUAAUGAAUGCUGUAGAGGGGCUAAUCGUACUAAUGCCACGAUUAUAGGAACUCGUGCUGAUGAUUCCGGAAAAGAAGAAGAUUUAUCAUUUCGUCCAAUGAAACCACGAGUACCAACACUAACCGGAAAAAGUGAAAAUUACUGGCUAAAGGAUUAUAGUCGCGCACAUGAUGCGAUAGUUGUUAAAAUUGAUCCUGUUUCUGUGGGCGAAAUACCUUCACGCAUGCAA